UAUGAAACAACCUCGAGGCCCCGCCUCCCAAGCUCCGCCCCGCCCACGGCUCUGCCUGGUGGUAGAGCUUCUCGAGGCCCCGCCUCCUGCUCUGACUGAGCUCAGAGCACCUGGCAGGCCUGCCCCGCCCGGCAACCCGCUAAGACAGCGCCCUUCGCACCUGGGGUCCCCCCCAGACUCCCUGGACUGGCUUCUGCGGUCGCCAUGACCGCGGCCGUGUUCUUCGGUUGCGCCUUCAUCGCCUUCGGGCCCGCGCUCGCUCUCUACAUUUUCACCAUCGCCACCGAUCCUUUGCGCGUCAUCUUCCUCAUCGCCGGUGCUUUCUUCUGGCUGGUAUCUCUUCUGCUUUCAUCUGUUUUCUGGUACCUAGUGAGAGUCAUUACUGACAACAGAGAUGGACCUAUACAGAAGUACCUACUUAUCUUCGGAGUGUUGCUCUCUGUCUGUAUCCAAGAACUGUUCAGGCUUGCAUAUUAUAAACUGUUAAAAAAAGCCAGCGAGGGUUUGAAGAGCAUAAACCCUGAGGAGACAGCACCCUCAAUGAGACUGUUGGCCUAUGUUUCUGGCUUGGGCUUUGGAAUCAUGAGUGGAGUGUUUUCCUUUGUGAACACCCUGUCUGACUCCUUGGGGCCAGGCACAGUGGGCAUCCAUGGGGAUUCUCCACAGUUCUUCCUUAAUUCAGCAUUCAUGACACUGGUUAUCAUACUGCUGCAUGUGUUCUGGGGCAUUGUGUUCUUUGAUGGCUGUGAGAAGAAAAAGUGGUAUGUCCUCCUUAUAGUUCUCCUGACUCACCUGCUGGUGUCCACCCAGACCUUCCUAAGUCCUUAUUAUGGAGCAAAUCUGGUAUCAGCAUAUAUAAUCAUGGUGUUCAUGGGCAUCUGGGCAUUUUUUGUUGCUGGAGGUAGCUGCCGAAGCCUGAAACUCUGCCUGCUCUGCCAAGACAAGGACUUUCUUCUUUACAACCAGCGCUCCAGAUAACCUCCGACAGUCAGCACCUCCAGAAUGCAACCUGUGACUUUAGAGGAAGCACAGCUGUGUCCUUCCCCAAAAAGACCCUUUGCUCCUGUAACUUAGAUGCAACGGAACUGUCUAAUCUGGAACUGUCCAUGUGCUCUCAUGCAGCAGCCUCUGGAAGAGCUGCAGUGUGGCCUUCAGCCUGGCUGCACAUUUGAGUCACCUGGGGAAGUAAAGGCUGAUGCUUCUAGGCUUCCCCUUCAGACGAUUAUCCUGGAUGUGCAGUGCAGCUGAGAAUCACUGAGGUCCAAUGGGAAGUUCUGAGAACACCCAAAGAGAAUGAGGUUUGGUAUUUAACUGUCUCCUAAGCCAACUUUUGCUAAGCAAGUAAAUUUCUGAAUUAGUAACCUGGGUAGGCCUUGUCUUUUUAUUUCCUAAUGUCACCAAGGCUGAACGGCUGUUCUCUAUGUGAAUGGCUUUCAUGGCCUUCACUAGCGCCAUACGCUGUGCCUUUAAAUGUAGUAACCUACACUCACAUUAUAACUUAGCUAAGGUAAGGUUUGUAUAUAACAUGCAUUUUCUUCAAGGUUUAUUUCCAUUUUAAGGUUUUCUUCCUGAGGCAUUAAGUUACUCUUUUUAGUAUAAAUCCAGGCUCUUUAAGAGUGAUUACAUGCUGACUUCCUUGGAAGAGGCUAAAAUUGUGCCAAGUCCAUGAGCCUUCUCAGUUAAAAGCUGCAGUGUGUGCUGUCUGAAACUGGACUGGCCGAGGAAAAGCUCACCAUUUGUAUCUCUGGGAAGGCGGGCAGGGAUAUGAAUGAUGUAUCCUCAGCAGAGCUUCUCUGGACCUUGUGAGAGCAGCUAAAAGCACAAAGUAGUGUGAUGCUGGCACCUUUCAUUUGCUCCUGUGUCACUAAACUGCACCAUCACCCAAAUGAUACAAGGUGAAAUUGGGGAUGGACAUUAAAGUGCCAUAUUUCAAGCUGGCAUGUAACUUUUCAUCUUCAGCAGGUUUGUCUAGGUUAUGAUUGCAGUGAAACAGAAAUCCCUUCAUAAGAAUACCCAGGGGCUUUGUUAGUCUCUAAAUAAGUCACAUGACUUCCUUUUCAAGAUGAAAUGCUACUGAAUUGUGAGUGUACUAUCUAGAAACUGUUCCCAAUAAAAAGUCUUUUAGAAGCUUAUAGUGUAAAGUAGAAAUUACCUCUUCAUGAAAGUGGUGACCUCAGCACAUCCAUGCACCUUCUAAAAGAAACAGUGGCAGCAGUGACAAGGCUUGGAGGAUGAGAAUGACUAUUCUGUUCUUUUUUAAAAUUUAAAUUAGAAACAAGCUUGCUUGACAUGUCAAUCCCAGCUCCCUCACCCUCCCCUCCUACUCAGCCCCACAUGUGCUUUUUUUUAAAACCAUGAACUAAUGAUCAUUAAUUGAUGAACCAUGCUUAAAAUACUUGAGUUUCUCAGUGUAGCGAUUCAAGAGUAGUAAUGCUUCUGGGAAGAUUACAAAUCACUGGAGAAAUCACUCUAGUUAUCCCUUUAAAGGCUACUUCAGCAUUAAGUUGUAUAAGUGAUUCUGCUGAAGUCUGUGGGGUUUGUAACUCUAUGUAAGAUUUCCCUAGACUAGAAAAAGAAAAGAUACAAAACCAAACAGUGAACAUCACUGUGCUGAAUACAUAGAAAGAAGAUGCCCAUAGAGCUGGCAUGUGUCCCUAUCUGAGCAUGGUAUUUUCUUCUUUAAACUAAGUAAGAAAAUGUGUAGUUGUUUAUUACUGCUGUCUUACAAACCCUGUAUGUAGAUAUCCUGAUAAAAUGUUCAUCUCAGGUAUGGAGAAUAUGUGAAUUUUACUGCUAUUCAUACUUGAGCUCUAAGCAAGUUCUUUAAGUACUAACACCAUGGUAUUAGAAAUGGGACAAUUAUACAAUCUCAUUUAAUAAAAACCCUGAUUAAGGGCUGAGAAAAUGGCUCAGUGGUUAAGAGCACAUACUUUUCUUGCAGAGGACCCAAGUUCAGUUCUUAUCACCUACUUUAGACAGCUCACUACCAAUUGUAACUCCAGCUCCAACACAUCCAAGGCAUCUGGUCCUCAGUUGCAAUUACUCUCAUAUUUUCCCACAGACAGGGACACACAUAUUAAACAGCAACAACAAAACCAACACGUAUGAAAAGGACAUUUUGCCCAGUGAAACUUUUGUCUUUUUAGGAAAUUAUCAGAUACUCCUUGGAUGUCUGUGAUGUUCUUAUAGUGUGAGUGUUGCAGUCGCUCAGGCAUAGCUAUGUCAAAUAGCCUCCUUUGCCCCUGGCCACGGCAGCCCCAAGAGAGGCUUAUAGAUGCACAUUGAAAUGUUGUUCCUAUUAAUAAUUGAAGAGGAGUGGGGAUUGAUAUAGAUGAAAGUUUCUGUCCUUUAGUUCUAAAUAAAUACCCAGAGGCUUAUAUUAAGUAUAAACUGUUUGGUCUGUGGCCCAGGCUUGUUAUUGGUUAGCUCUCUCUUCAUUUUUAACCCAUUUCUAUUAAUCUGUGUAUCUCCACAUGGCCUUGGCUUACCUGGUAAUGCCCAGACCUCUUGCUUUCUUAGCAGCAACAUGGUGUGUCCUUGAGACUCUCUGUCUCUGUUCCUCUUCCCAGUAUUCUCCUAGUCUGCCUGGCUAUAUCCUGCCUGUCUAUUGGCUGAACCGGUUUUAUUCAUUAACAAUAAGAGAAAUACAUAAUCACAGCAUACAGAAGGCCAUCCCCCAUCAGCCUGAUAUAAGUGGUCCUUCACACAGGUGCAGGUAAGAUAGGCCUUGGAAGUGUGAAUAUUGUUUUAGUGCUCCAGUAAUAGUCAGUGGCCAUGUGAAUAACAGGAAUACAUUCAAUUGCUCUCUUAUGUAAGUCACAUUUAUCUUCAUUUUGUUUGAACCAGUGCUCUUAACUGGAGUGUGUAUCAUCUGGUCUGUCCUUCUGGCCUGCCUGACUAGCAGUGUAGUAGCAGUGACCUCUUCAGAGCAUCUUGAGGAAAUGUGCUAGAGGAAGUGAGGAUAAUAUCUGCAGACUGCACAGAAAAUGACUCCUGUUCCCACUAAACAUAAUAUGACAGAAGGUUUUCUAUGCCUAGUUCUUGUUACAUUGACUUCUGCCCUGUACCAAAGCAGGUGUCAACAACAGAUGUGGGCACCAGAGUGACACUGAAGUUUUACUUUCUGGCCAAUCAGCCCGAGUAGUAGCCUGUUGCAGCAUCAACAACCUAUUUUCUGGAUGAUGUUCUUUAAGUGUUGACAUGUUACCAACUUAACAUAGAUAUUUCUUUCUGAGGCUGGAUCUCACUAUGUAAACUUGGCUGGCUCUGGAUCUGCUUGCCUCUAUCUGUGAGUGCUGAGAAUAAAGCUAUGUACCAUCA